UUGAUUUUUUUUUAUAAGAUUUUUGUAUACUUCAAUUAAAAAUUUUACAAAUCACAAAUUGUUUGUCUUAUUCCAGAUAAAAAUUCCAGUCGAUUUAAAAUUUUGGCAGAAUAUUCCGUCUAUCCUAUGGCAUAGGAAGAAACAAAAACUAUCUGCAACACUCAACAGACUAUCUUCUGUUCGUUCUUAAAAGAAAUGCCGAAAAAACAAGAAAACCAUACGAAAACCCUGCUUAACAUCUAUAGAAACCGGUCUUUGGAUGCAUAUAGAAAUAAACGGAUAUUUACCAUGUUUCGUAAGUAUUCUACCAUACGGAAAGCAUUGCUCAAACGAGGAUGGUUGGAGAAAUUACCUCGCGAUCACUAUGCUCAUUUACAAACACUUCCCGAGGAGACGCUGUUGCAAUAUGCCAAACGAGGAAACGUUUAUGAGACUGUGCUCAUCAGCAGAAUGCUCGACAAAUUUCCAGCCUUCUUUGUGUGGCAGACGAGAAUUCAACGAGACUUAUAUGGGGAUGUAAAACCCUAUCGAAAUUGUAUACGCAGAAGUCCAAUGGUGGAUUUCACAACCAAAGUUGGGCUUAUUGGAUGCAUGGAGCAGGUUCAUUGGCAUGGACUAGAAGAAGGUGUAGCCAAAAUGUCAUACCCUCGCGCCUAUCGUUUGUAUGAAAAGUACGAUGAAAAAAACUUCAUAGACGAUUUUCGUCUAACACAAUGCCAAGCUUUAAUACGCUUUCUCAUCAACAACCAGUAUCACAUUGUGGAUCUCAUAGAUAUUAAAGAAGGCACAAUCCGCAGUGAGGUGGUGAAAUUUGCUAUCGACAGUUUAAAGCGACAAACCGAUGAAUCACAAAGCCCUCUUUCCCUAGACUCAGAGCCGCAGCCAGUUACAACCGAUGAGGAAUGGAAUGCUCAUUUAGCGGAUUGCUCCAGAGUUAUUAGCUCAUUGGAGAAAAUUAAAUGUAACCAUAGCAAAAUAAUGCAAUGGAUAGAAAUUGGCCAAGAAUUAUUGUCCAAAAUAGAAGUGAAGAGGAUUGAUUUGAAAUGGGAUGGAUGGAAGAAUCUUUGGAUUCUCAAACCUGGCUACAAAAGUCGAGGUAUAGGCAUUGUAAUACGCAGUUCGUUGGAUGAGAUCCUUAAUUGGUCCUCCGCCCACACCGAUAGUCAUUAUAUAGUUCAAAAAUAUCUAGAGCGACCAUUGCUGAUUUAUCAAACCAAAUUCGAUAUUAGGCAAUACAUGCUGAUAUCUAUACGGGAGUCCACCGUCCAGAUAUGGCUUUACCGCGACUGCUACUUGCGCUUCAGCUCCCAGCAGUUUUGUUUGGAUGAUCUGCGAGAAUGCGUUCACUUAACCAACAACUCAGUGCAGAAGAAAUACAAAACUAAUACCACGAGAGAUCCCCGUCUGCCCAAGAGCAAUAUGUGGUGCUUGGAUCAGUUCAAAGUCUAUAUGAAAACUCAAAAUGUUGUCGCAGACGUUUGGCAGGCUCGAGUAUAUGCAGGUUUUCGUGAAAAUCUCAUAGCCGUUGUCUUGGCCAGUUUGGAUAGGACCAUUUUGUGCGAGAAUUGUUUUCAGCUGUAUGGUUGUGAUUUUAUGUUGGAUGAACAAUACAAUCCCAUUCUGAUUGAGAUUAACUCUUCACCGGAUUUAUCUCCCUCAACCGAGGUAACGGCGCGCAUUUGUCCCAUGGUUUUGGAAGACUGCAUAAAAGUAAUUGUGGAUUUAUCUCGCAAUAGCAGAGCGCUAACGGGACUCUUUGAAAUGAUUUUUGAGGUGAAUUACAAAUUUAAGCCGAAUUACAAUGUGAAAGAGGGUCUUAAUAUCACUGGAAAGUCAAUUGAUCUGUGCCCCAGAAGAAGCCUCACGAUUCCACCGCAAACUUCGAAGAAAAGAAAACGAAGUGAUAUCGAAGGCAAACAAACUGGAAAGUUGGAUCAAAAGCACUUGUCACAUUCGGUUAUUUUCCGCUCGGUUUUUAAAAGAAAUGUCGGAAAAACAAGAAAAUCCUACAAAUGCACUGCUAAAUACCUACAGAAACCGGGCGCUGGAUGCAUAUAGAAAUAAACGCAUAUUUACCAUGUUUGGUAACUAUUAUGCCAUACGAAGAGCGUUACUCAAACGUGGAUGGUUGGAGAAAUUAUCGCCCGAUCGCUAUGCUCAAUACCAAACGUUAUCCGAAGAGACUCUGUUGGAAUAUGCGAAACAAGGAAACGUUUAUGAGACUGUACUCAUCAGCAAAAUAAUGGACAGCUAUCCAGCUUUCUUUGUGUGGCGGAAGAGAAUUCAAGCCGAACUAUACGAGUAUGUGAGACCCUAUCGAAAUGGUAUUCGCAGAAGCCCAAUGGUAAACUUCACAAGCAAAGUUGGGCUUAUAGGUUGUAUCGAGCAAGUUCAUUGGCAUGGAGUGGAAGGUGUAGCCAAAAUGUCAUAUCCUCGCGCCUAUCGUUUGUAUGAAAAGUACGAUGAAAAACACUUCAUAGAUGACUUUCGUCUAACACAAUGCCAAGCAUUAAUGCGCUAUCUUAUCAAUAACCAGCAGCACCUGGAAGAUCUCAUAGAUCUUGAAGAAGGCACAAUCGGGUGUGAGGUGCUGGAAUUCGCCAUCGACAGCUUAAUGAGACAAAUCGAUGAAUCGCAAAGCCUACUUUCCGUAGA